UUUACAGCUUUUUCCGACGUGACGUACCGCGGUUUGCUUUCCUUUACUACUUUUCUUGGUAGCGAAAUGUUCAACAAGAAGCCACGGAGAAACUUUCGACAGAGGAAAGAGAGCUCAAGUGACGACGAGGAGCAGCAGAAGAACACUGGAGAAGGAGAUGAAAAUGAGAGGGCCUCGGCUGUAGUAAGCCAGCCUUUUAAAGCCACACAGAGUCGCGGCAUCUCCUGCAGCUCCAAGCGGGAGGCGACGCCUCCGAAGCCGGCCAGUAGUGACGAAGAAGAUGGGGAGACGCUGCAACUGACAGAAGAAAGCGAAGAGAGGGAUAAAGAUGGGAUAAAGAAAAAAACAAACGCUGUCCUUAGUUUCGCUGACGACAAGGAAGUUGAAGAUUCACCUUUUCAACUGAAGAGGUCCUCUGAUAAAGCUGUGCUGUUCCAAGUCAGAAAGAAGGAAACUCAGCCUUGCAAGACCACCAAAAGCAAAGUUUCAGCUGGUGGAGGUGUCCCAUCAUCUGUUUCUCCCAAACAUGAUUAUAAAAAUGAGGCUUCACCACAUUCUCUGCACCAAGAUGAUGAUGAAAAUGAUGAUGAUGAUGAUGAUGAUGAUGGCAACAGUAACAGUGAUGACAGCGACAGUGAAGGAGUUGGUGCUGGAUCUCCCUCAUCUAGCUCAGACUCAGAUUCCAGCCGCUCUGCUGCUAGACCGAUACUUAUUCCUAAUGCUAAAGAGAUUGAUGCAGCCAAGAGGCAGCGUCGUGCCACUCGUGCCCAGAAAGAGUUUAUUCCCCUGAGUAAAGAUGGCCAGAGCUCGGCUGGCAGCACCCCAGAUCACUACAGCAGGGAGGAUGAAGAUGACAGAGUGGAUGAUGAUGAUGAGCUAGAUGAUCAUGAGAGAAGAAUUGAGUUUGCUCCACGAUUGAAAAGCAUUCAGGAAAGGAUUGCUGAGAAGCUUGGAGGAAGUGAGGACAGCCUGUCAGGACCUGAAGGGGAAGAGCAGGAACUUUGGGAGGCGACACAAAUUGGAAAAGGAAUCAAGAGGCAACCAAGAGAACAGAAUCCAUCUGACAGCGAGUCCAGCAGCUACAGCAGCAUCAGUAGUAGCAGCAGGCAAGAUGGAGGGAGACAUAAGAAGAGAUCAGCGAAGGCUAAAAUCCCAAAGACUCUCCCUCCUGUUUCUGUCUCAGUGGUCAAGAAAAGGAUCACUGGAAAACUGAGCACCCUGAAGGAGGUGUACAGAGCGCGGCAGGCAGAGCUCAGGAGGAUGGAGGGGGAUGUUGAGAGCUCUAAAAGCUCCUUGGAAACGCUGGAAGAAAGUUCCUCUGAAAAGCAGCUGAUGUUUUACAGAACCACAACACUUUAUGUCCACAACCUGGUGGAGUGUCUGCGGGAGAAGGUUGUUGCGAUUAACGCUUUGGAGUUGGAGUUGCACACUGUGUUGUCUGACCAGAUGGAGGCGCUGUUGGCUCAGAGACGUGAGAGGGUUAAAGAGCAGGCUGACCGCCUUCAGCAGCUUAGCUAUAACACUGAUGUGCAGAGUGGUGACUCAGCCAAUGGAACAGGCACUCAGUGUAAGAUGGAUGUGGAGGUUAAAACUGAGGAAGACUUCGAUAUUCCUGAAGACACCCAACCUUCUGCAGAAGAGGAGCAGCAGAUGCAGAAAAGAAUAGCUGAUAUCCAGUCAAGGUCCCAGAUGGUGUUUUCUGAUGUCCAAGAUGACUUCUGUGAUGUGAAAAGGAUUCUGUCUCAUUUUGAAGAGUGGAGAAGCUCCUAUUCUGAGUCCUACCACAGUGCUUACAUCUCUCUGUGUCUGCCAAAGUUACUGAACCCCAUCAUUAGGCAUCAGCUGCUGGCGUGGAACCCUUUAAAAGAUGUCUGUGCAGACUUUGAAAAGCUCCCAUGGUUCACAGCUGCGGAGACAUUUUGUCACGGCCAUGGCCACGAGGAGCUGGAACACACCGACAGACAGACCCUGUCUAAUAUCAUUGAAAAGACCGUCCUACCCAAAAUAACUGCUUUUGUAGAUCUGGUGUGGGAUCCCAUGUCUCAGCAACAGUCCGUCAGUCUGUCUGGUGUUUGUCACAGACUGAAGGAGGACUAUUCCAUCUUUGAAGGAGAGCAAAGUAAACCAGUCAAGGCAUUUGUAGAGGCUGUGGCCCGCAGGCUGAGGAGCUGUGUAGAUGAAGAUGUCUUCAUCCCCCUCUAUCCCAAAAAGCUUUUAGAGGACAGAUCGUCUCCUCAGUGUCGCUUCAGGGAUCAGCAGUUCUGGACAGCUGUAAAACUGCUAGGUAACAUGGGGAAAUGGGAUCUGCUGCUUCCUGAGUCUGUUUUGAAGGAGCUGAUGUUGGACAAACUGCUGAACCGAUACCUGAUGAUAACCCUCUGCAGUCAGACACUGUCCAGCAAUGCCAUCUCUGCUUGUAAAAAGAUUGCAGAUUGUCUUCCUCUCUCUUGGUUCAAAGGAGAGAGUGCUUGUUUGCCUCAGCUGCAGAAUUUCAGAAACCACAUAGUUCAGACACUGCAUCACAUCUGCAAACAUCAGCCUCCUGAAGAUCCAAACACCAGGUCUGCUGUGGUUGAAGAGCUGAAGGUUCUCAGUAGAAUCAGGUGCUACGACUCCAUCAUGGCUAUAGCGGAGAAAUACCGCUGUGAAGACGUCAUCUACUCUCACCAGCUGCUGAACCAGGAGACAGUAUGAUCAACAAAUGCUGAAUGGAAGAUGGAGUAUGGUAAAAUAUUUAGCAUGUUGGAGCCGGGGGGCACAAAGUGUGGCAACAACAGAAACUAAUUUCUUGUUAAGCCAAAGAAAUGGCUGAGAUGAAAUGUAAUUCACAACUUUUGGCUAUUUGUUAUCUUGUACAAAUGAAUAUUUUCAUGUAUAAACAUUUUAAUUUUGUUAAUAAAAUUUGGCCUUGUUUAUUUUCA